CUUUCUUCCUCUCUCUUCUUCCAUUCCUUCAGCUUCAGUCCUUCUUCUCUUUACAUUCUUUCUCCCUUAUCACACCCCUCGCUAUCUUUACUAGUAAUAAGUAGCUCUCAUCACCAUGCCUAGCUUUUCUCAAGCCACCGAGCUUUCCGCCUGGAAGGAGCUCCAGGAGCACCACAACACCGUGGGCCGCAACAUCGUCUUGAAGGAAUGCUUCCAGAAGGACCCCCAGCGCUUCGAGAAGUUCAGCCGCACCUUCAACAACACCGUCGACAACACCGAGAUUCUCUUCGAUUUCUCCAAGAACUUCCUUACUGAAGAGACCCUGGCUCUCUUGGUUAAGUUGGCCAAGGAAGCCAACAUUGAGGAGCUGCGUGAUGCUAUGUUCAAGGGUGAGCACAUCAACUUCACCGAGGACCGCGCUGUCUACCAUGCGGCCCUGCGCAAUGUCUCCAACGAGCCUAUGCAGGUGGACGGCAAGAGCGUUGUCGAGGACACCAAUGCUGUGCUUGAGCACAUGAAGGAAUUCUCCGAGCAGGUUCGCAGUGGUGAGUGGAAGGGUUACACUGGCAAGAAGAUCGACACCAUCAUCAACAUCGGUAUUGGUGGUUCGGACCUCGGUCCCGUCAUGGUCACUGAGGCCUUGAAGCCCUACGGAGCCCCUGGCAUGAAGCUGCACUUCGUCUCUAAUAUUGACGGUACCCACAUUGCUGAGGCCCUCAAGGACUCUGACCCCGAAACCACUCUUUUCCUGAUUGCCUCCAAGACCUUCACGACCGCUGAGACCACCACCAACGCCAACACUGCGAAGAAAUGGUUCCUUGAGACUGCCAAGGAGGAUGCUCACAUUGCCAAGCACUUCGUUGCUCUCUCCACCAACGAGGCUGAAGUCACCAAGUUCGGUAUUGACAAGAAGAACAUGUUCGGCUUCGAGUCGUGGGUGGGUGGCCGCUACUCCGUCUGGAGUGCCAUUGGUCUGUCCGUUGCCCUCUACAUCGGUUUCGACAACUUCCACCAAUUCUUGGCUGGCGCCCACGCCAUGGACAAGCACUUCCGCGAAACUCCCUUGGAGCAGAACAUCCCCGCCAUUGGUGGUCUUUUGAGUGUGUGGUACAGUGACUUUUUCGGUGCCCAGACUCACCUGGUUGCUCCCUUCGACCAGUACCUGCACCGCUUCCCGGCCUACCUUCAGCAGCUUUCCAUGGAGAGUAACGGUAAGGCUAUCACCCGCACGGGUGAGUACGUCAAGUACACCACUGGCCCUAUCCUGUUCGGUGAGCCAGCCACCAACGCCCAGCACAGCUUCUUCCAGCUGCUGCACCAGGGUACUAAGCUCAUUCCCUCGGACUUCAUCAUGGCUGCCGAGUCGCACAACCCCGUCGAGGGUGGUAAGCACCAGCGCAUGCUUGCGUCCAACUUCCUUGCGCAGUCCGAGGCUCUGAUGGUCGGUAAGACUCCUGAGGAGGUCAAGACCGAGGGUGCUCCUGAUAACUUGGUGCCUCACAAGACUUUCUUGGGCAACCGCCCCACCACCUCGAUCCUGGCCCAGAAGAUCACCCCCUCCACUUUGGGUGCUCUGAUCACCUACUACGAGCACGUCACCUUCACCGAGGGUGCCAUCUGGAACAUCAACUCCUUCGACCAGUGGGGUGUCGAGUUGGGCAAGGUUCUUGCCAAGAAGAUCCAGCAAGAGUUGGAGACUGAUGGCGCCGGUGCUGGCCACGAUGCCUCGACCAGCGGCCUGCUCCUUGCUUUCAAGAAGAAGGCCAACCUGGCAUAAGGGACUGUCUUGGCUGCUUUUGAAUAUGCUUGGAGGGCAAAAACAGAUUGUACAUGUUCACGAGGC